UUCUUCCUUCCCCACUCUACAUUUUCAUCCCCAACUUGUUUCCUUUGCCUACGUACGGAGAUAUUCUCAGAAUCUCAGGUUCCUGAGUUGUUUUAUCACCUGGGACUUGACUGAUCUUGUUCAUCAAACGGUGAUCCUAUACGAGGUCACUGACUGAAAAGUUCCAAGUAAGCAUUAGAAGUUUUCAUGGCAGAUUCUGCUGAUCCAUUUCCCUCUUUGGCUAGUGUCUAUAAAGGGCCUAGUUGUCAAGUUAAUCAGCCAAGUCAGAAUGUUGCUGACAUAAAACUUGGUUCUGAAAAAGAUAUUGACAACAAUGUUAGCUCUUUGGGGCCCAUGAACAGAGUUGUUUCAAAAACCUGGUUUUCAAAAAAUUCUUUAGCUAGUAUAAGGGGAGAUCCUCCAAAAGGGAUGCAGAUAUUGGGGGUAAAAGGUAAGUGUGGAUCAGGGCUGACUGUUGGUAAUGCUUUGCCAAUUCAACCUGCUGAGGGAGAUCCAAAAGGGAUGCAGAUAUUGGGGGUGAAAGGGAAGUGUGAAUCAGGGCUGGCUAUUGGUAAUGCUUUGCCAAUUCAAACUGCUGAUCCAUGGGGUUCCAAAGGAACUAGAAGUGCAAGCCCUCAACCUGUAUCAGAACAUGGAUUACAAUGCCUUUCUCAAUCUGGUCCCAGUCAGUCUGAUAAUUUGCAAGGUGUCUGCAUCAAAACUGAAUCAAAAGUCAGCAAUGUUUUUGAUGAUGAGAGUGAAGUUGCUGAGUAUGAUGAUGAUGACGACUCUGAUGUUGUCUAUGACAGUGAUGAUCUUGAUGAGUAUGAUUAUGAUUCAGAUGCAAGCCAUGAGGACCGCAAAAGAACCAAGUGGUUCAGAAAAUUUUUUGAGUCUUUUGAUAAGUUGACCAUUGAGGAGCUCAAGUCACCAGAAAGGCAGUGGCACUGCCCUGCUUGCCAAGGGGGUCCAGGAGCCAUAGACUGGUAUCGUGGCCUUGAACCCAUAUUGAUACAUGCCAAGACUAAAAAGGCAAGAAGAGCAAGACUGCACCGAGAAUUUGCAACUCUCUUGGAUGAGGAAUUGCGCAAGAGGGGAACUUCCAUUACAGCACUAGGUGAAGUCUUUGGAAAAUGGGAAGGGCUGAAUGAGAGAGUUAAAGAUUAUGAAAUAGUUUGGCCUCCAAUGGUUAUCAUAAUGAAUACAAGAUAUGAAUAUGAUGAAAAUAGCAAGUGGAUAGGGAUGGGGAAUCAAGAACUGCUUGAUCACUUCAGCUCAUAUGCUGCAAUUAAAGCUAGACACUCCUAUGGCCCAAAAGGGCACCGGGGUAUGAGUGUUCUGAUCUUUGAAAGUUCGGUUGCAGGUUAUUUAGAGGCUGUACGUCUCCAUAAGCAUUUUAAAGAGCAAGGAAAAGAUAGAGAUGCUUGGGAUCAGGCAAACAAACAAAAGGAAAGAACUUCUUGGAAUUCUUCUCGCAUUCCCUUAUGUCCAGGUGGGAAGCGCCAACUCUACGGCUACCUGGCUUUAAAAGAAGAUUUGGAUAUUUUUAACCAGCACAAUCAAGGGAAAUCAAAGCUGAAAUAUGAGAUGACAUCAUACCUGGAGACAGUUGAGAAACAGAUAACACAAAUAAAUUAUGAUAGUCAGCAGGUGACACAGCUUAAAGAGAAGAUGGAUAGAGAACAAAGGCAGUCACAAGCUCUUGCAAAGUCCCUAGGCAGAGUCAGUGAGAAGCUACGCCAGACAACAAAAGAAAAUCAUAUUUUGAAGCAGCGAACUAAAUUGCAACAUGAGCAGAACAAAGAAGAGAUGGAUGCUCAAGAAGAAUUUUUCAAGGAGCAAAUUAACAUCAUCUACCGAACCUUAGAUACAAAGGAAGAUAAUUUUGAGAAGUUGUGGAAGGCUGCACAAGAGAAAAUUGAGAAGUCGAAUGCAAAUGCUUCAGUCAUGGAAGUUGAGAACAGGACCGAGGAAACAACUAGAUUCAUGACAUUCCAAGAUGAAAAGAUGGAAGAAUUUGAAGCAGAGAGGCAGAAGCUGAUGAAAAUUCAUCAAGAGAAGAAAUCUGAAAUCAUGCAGAGGUAUUGGGGGGAAUUGCUUGAGCUUGAGAAACAGUUGGAGCAAGAAGCUACUAUGCUCAUGGAAAAGUAUACCCCUCAACGCUUUGGGGAAAAGACCACCUAGAGAUACACCAAUGCCAUGAAAAAAGAGUUCGUGAAAUGAUAUUUUUUGCAAAGAGAAACAUUUCUUGGACAAUAAGCAAUAAAUGUGCGCCAGUUUUGCCGUGAAAACCUGCACCAGUUAUAUAGACUUCAAUUUUUGCAAUUUUUUCUGUUUUCUUGAAUCCAUAUGUUUUGCCCUUUUGUUGCUCGGUACAUAAUAUAUGAAUAAAUUUAGCAUCUCUAU